GACCGUUGGCCUGAGUGGAUAUGACUGGCUAGGCGAGGGCUACAAGCUUUUGAGUGCAAGUGCCUUGUCCUGGUCACGUGACUUCCUUUGCCCUGCAUUCAGUGCCGAGUGGGACACACCUGCCAAGGGCUUCCUGGAUGCCGAAGGUUUGGCUUUGCAGUUGCGCCGGCUUCUCAAACACUUGCCGACGCCGGUGAAGCAACAAGGGGUUUGGAAGGUUGCGCGCGAGUUGCUUUUCCCAGGGGAGAUGGCAAACUUCUGGACAGGGCACAGUGCACGGCAUGUUGCUACCAGUCUUGCUGCUGCAUUAGGCGUGAGCAAGGACCGGCGAGAUUAUCUUGGGCGCUGGGCUUAUGCUCAGCAUGGCUCACAAGAUUAUGUCUUGACUUCGAGGCAGGUGGUGCAAGGGGUGCAGAAUUUCAUUUGCAAAUGCCUCAUCGUGGGGCACCCAGAUGGCGGGUAUACUGAGGAGGAGUUGUUCUGCACCAUGCGAUCAUACGCUGAAGCAUUGCAUCUUGCUGGGGAUGAAAUUGUUAAAGCUUGCUCUGUCCUGCAGUGGGAUGAUGUGGAGGCGACUUGGAAGCUUGGGGGAAAUUUUCCCUCGUUCGCUGUUUCCCCAGACAGGGUCAGGGCAGCAGCUGGCAACAUGGGUGCCGAUCUGCCUGGGCCUUACCAAGACUUCGAGCAAGAGGAGGACAGGGAUGAUGCACCCUACUUCAUCACGAUUUCGAGAAAGGGUUUUCGCCGCUUGCAUCUUUCAAAGAAGUGCGCUGUGCGGCGAGAGAAUUGCUUGGAGACACUCCCGAUUUUCAAGUUGUCGGAAGGCAUCGCCGACGCCGUUUGCAAAUUGUGCAAACCCAAGGUUGAAAGUGCCGAAGGCUCGUCAACUAGUGGAUCUGAGGACACUCAGGUGGAGAAUCCGGUGGAACCGGAGGGGAUCGUCUGCAUGUUUGCACUUGCUGCCGGUGGAGUGCAGCCUGAGAGUGGAGAGUUAAGACCUCAGUGCGCUCGUGCGAGCAUGGCGACCGACCUGCCGGCCGGUGUGGACCAGGCAGCAGCCUUGAAUCAUCUGGAUAAGAAUGUGAGCUCCGACUUGGUGCAUAUCUUUCAAGAGUGUGGUGUACCAUUGGGGCUGCAGUACCGGCUCACUUUGAAUUUCCAGUCUGUCAAACGUUUUUCUACAUAUGCCGAUUCCCGGGCGGAUGUGCGAACUGCUCUGAAAGAUGAUCAUACUCUGGAGGCGACUGAUCAGGCGACCCGGGCAGCUGUGGCCUCGGUGGUCUCCGCCUGGGAGACUGCGAAAGAAUAUGCAAGCAAGGAGUCCGAAUUGCGGGCUGAGGUCGCAUGCUGGGCGUCAGCAGACCAGUGUUACUUCGAAGAAGCGUGUGAGGACAAUGGGGAUACAGACUACUGUUGUGGCAAAGGAGGCAAGAUGGAUCAGGCCCCGCUUCGGCCGCCAUGGGUGGUGGUUCUCAAUUAUGAAUAUGAACUUCGGAAGGAAGCCAUAAAGAGGGCAUAUCGAGACUCGCGGCCGCUCCGCGAGACCCUGCGGGAAGUCACUGAAGAUGCUCAGAUCAAAGAACAGUAUUUUACUUCGCCCAUUGCCCUACAGAACCGAGGCAAGCGUGCUAGCGACUCUUGGGAACCUUGGGAUGAUGGCAACUACAACAAGUGGAAUCGGAACUCAUGGAAGGGUGGCUGGCAGCACAAAGGUGACAAUGACAAAGGAAGGAAAGGAAGGAAAGGGAAGGAGGAUAGUAAGAGAGGGAAGGAUGGAAAGGAUGGAAAGGGAGGAAAGGGGCAGAGCAUCACCUCUUCGAGGACUCCGGAUGGUCGUUUCAUUUGCUUUGCCUACUCUGGACCUGGGUGUGAUGGCAACUGUGGGAUGGUUCAUUGCUGUCAGGUGAAGGGCUGCUUUGGGCCCCAUCCUACCUGGAAGCAUUGGCAGCAGCAGCAUGAGAACAAGAGCAGCGAGGCGAAGAACUGA